UCAUACGAGGCGGUUGUAGCCAACUGUACCUAAAUUCUGGAAAACAAUUAAAUUAUACCCAAGCCCAUACGGUAUUGAGAUAUCUAUCAGCAAUUUAGUGUAUGAUCUGUCAAAGAGCUGGUGUAAACGUUAUUUUGCUCUUAGAAAAUCUAUGACUUUGUGAUAAAGUACUAAGAUACGGCAAAUAUUAUGUCUGUGUGAUAUUUAUCUGUUAUAAUAUUAUUAUGGAGAUUUAAUUGUACAUUAUUUGUUCCCGGUAGAAGGGUAGAAGGCUUUAUUGAUCGUAUACAUUAAUUGAAGGGGUAGUGUAUAUAUAUUUGUAACGAAACGUUCCUUUUUAUAUAAUUUUUGCUACUUAUGUUUUGUUCUCUUUACUUAUCAAAUGUUGAUUACUUUAAAUAGUAGUUUAACAAACAUAAACCAUAUACAGUACAAUGAAUUAGCAGUCCAAAGGUUUUUGUGAAUGAUAAUUUCUGACUAAACGCACUAAACUUAAAACGAAAUGCAAGCAAAGUGAAGUAAAGUGCCUAAUAGUGAUUGUGAAAAGUGAAAAGAAGUAAGGAUGGAGAAGGUUAGCUGAUCUAAGAGACAGCCGCGCACGCCCAAGAAACGCUUGCUUAGAAACAUCAUGCAGGUGUUCGGCGAGUGGGCCCAGGUGGAGGUGGUAGAGCUGGUGAAUGAUGGGUCUGGGCUGGCGUUUGGCAUCGUUGGGGGCCGCUCCUCAGGCGUCGUCGUGAAGAGCGUGCUGCCGGGCGGCGUGGCUGACAGAGAUGGGCGUCUGCGUAGCGGGGACAUGCUACUGCGAAUCGGCGCAGUGUCUGUGGUAGGAAUGUGUGCGCGGCAGGCUGCAGCCGUCUUGCGACAAUGCGGUGCCUGCGUCCGAUUACUGGUCGCCAGGCCUGCACAUGGCGUGCAAACGUCUCUUGGGGCGUCCCAAGCUCCAAUUGUGCCGUCCCGCCUACUCACUGACCCCAUUGAGCUGGAGAGGAGUUUAUCAGAGGCAGGUCAUGAUGGGUUUGGAGCACUCUGCGAGGAAAGCAGUCCACCGACGCCACCACCUACCAUUAUUGAGGAAACAUACCAUCACAGACCGGUAGCAUCUAUAGUAGCAGUGGUCCCUCGUGAGGCCUUAGGCCCAUCACCGCGCCCCCCACCACUCAUCACUGUACCUCCUCCGAGACUACCACCACCAAUUAGGUUACCCCUAGAUAUGGCAGUUAGAGGUUGCGAACCAGAAACAUUGAGCUACGAAGUGGAAUUGAACAAGGAUUCCGCCCUCGGUCUGGGAAUUACAGUGGCUGGAUACGUCUGUGAACAAGAGGAGCUGAGUGGUAUUUUCGUGAAGAGCAUCAGUGCCGGCAGCGCUGCAGACCUCUGUGGAAGGAUUCGAGUUAAUGAUAGGAUUGUUGAGGUGGAUGGAGUGUCGUUGCAUGGAGUUACGAAUCACCGCGCCGUCGCUUUGUUGCGAGAUGCUAAGGGCCCCAACGUUAAAUUGAAGGCCUUGAGGUAUCUUCGUGGAGCGGGGUUUGAGAGGCUCCAGAAAGCGUUGGCUGCACAAGACGGCAGACGGUCUCCCAUACCUCCCCCCAGUCCCUCGGUUACAUCACUUGCCAAAUAUAGUUUUAGUGUGUACGACGAAUCAACGGUGAUUGAAGUAGAACCUGAGUCUGAUAUACAACCCCAUCUCCCUUCGCCAACCUCUCCUUCCGAGGAAGCGGAAAUAGUGAUAGGAAGGGACGACGAUAUAUCUGAGAGAGAGAUUAGGAGGAUACAGGACAAGUGGCGGGAUGUGCUGAAGGAUGAACCGGACUGGCCUGGGAAUCAGUACCAGUAUGACGUUAUUGUUGGUUCAAUAAUUAAGGGAAAGGAUAGUGGCCUAGGUAUUUCCCUGGAGGGUACAGUUCGAGUCGUAGGAGGCAAGGAAGUGCAGGCGAGGCAUUACAUUAGGGCGAUAGCUCCCAACGGGCCUGUCGCUAAAUUAGGGAUUUAUCAAGUUGGAGACGAAUUGUUGGAGGUAAACGGCUGGCGUGUACUAGGAGCACAUCACGUAGAGGUGGUUACGAGAUUGAGGGCUGUGACGUCACCCGUUUUACUUGUCAUUGUGCGUAAACGUAGCGAACAAACUAAUGGAAUUGAACCUAGUUUAGCAAGGAGUGGAGUCCUAGGAGGCAGUCUUCAAGACCUGCUCGCUCCACCUCAAAGGCUGAUAAAGGCGAAAUCAGAAAGUUCAGUUGCAUCUUUAUGCAGCGCAGCCACUGUGUUAUCAGCUGGUCAUGAUCAUGAUGAAUUUUGUUCGGACGAAUUGGAACGCAACAGGUCUCGUUCGCUGGAGCCCCUGAGCUGGUUAGCAAUGUGGAGUGAUCACAUUGACUAUAUACAACUGCAUAAGGAAGACCGGGGUCUCGGUUUCUCCAUACUCGACUACUUAGAUCCUUCAGAACCUAGCAGUUCGGUUAUAGUGGUCCGGUCUGUUGUGAGUGGUGGGGCAGCUGCGUUGGACGGCAGACUCUCACCCGGAGACAGGCUGAUCUCUGUCAAUGGCCAGGAUAUAUCCCGGGCGCCAUUGGCUGUUGCUGUGGCAGCCAUUAAAAGUGCACCUAAAGGACUCGUAACAAUAGGCGUAUCGAAGCCUCUACCCUGUAGCACAGUAGUUGGUGGCGACAAAGCGAAUGGGUCUAGCUUUCAAAAUAGCCAGGAGUGCAUCAAUUCUUUAGCAUCCGAUGACCAUACUGGAAUGGAUUCCUUCCACGAAUGCUUGCAGGAAUAUGGCGAAGGCCUAGAAGUAGUACAAAUAUGUUUAGAACCAGAAGAAACUUCCAUCAAAGAUGAAGAAUUGUCUGCCUUAGUUGAUUUAAGUACAGAUUCUAAUUUUAAAGAAAUCAUAAAUGAUAAACUUAUCAUUUCUGUUGAAAAUAAGGAAAACACAGAAAUAGUCAAUGGGAUUGUUGAGUUUACAACAUCCAAAUCAGAUGAAUCUUUAGAUGAUCCUGAUGAUAUGACUAUUAUUGAAGAAGAAGUAGUUACUGCCCCUAGAGAGCUUAAUAUCCGUAGUAAAUCCGCUGAUAGAAACGAAGUCAAUGGGGAGAAAAUGCUACUUAAACAGCAAAGUAAAGAUAUAUCAACAUCUGAUGAAAUGGUUUUUGCUGUUACACCAACGGGCUUGGAAAGAAUAAGCUACGAAAAAUAUUGGAGUGAGUGUGAUAAAGAAAAAAAUAACGACGAAAGCUGGAAAGAAUGCCUUAAUUCCCCUAACGAUGAUACCUUGAGUUUUAACGAUACUAAAAUCUCCAUCCAGGAAGAUCGUAAUUCAUUGCUAUACAUAGAUCAUGAAAUCGAAGGCUAUGAGACAUGUCUUGACGAUGAUUCAACAUCCAUAAAAUGUUCUACAAAAAACGGUCAUAAAUUAAACGGAGAUUGCGAGAUCAAAGAGUAUGAUAAACAAAUUCAAACAGCUAUUAGCAAAGACAACGAUACCUGUAUUAUGAGAAAAGACGAUCAUUUCGACACAAACAGCAAAGAGGAUGCGUCGUCUUUUCCAUACGUGGAAGAACAUAUCAUAAAACAAAUGCAAUCACUACGAAUAGAGCCUCUUAACGUUAAUAUAUGCCAGAGAAAAAAAAAGAAGAGCCCUACAAAGCCGUCCAAGAACGAGCGUCGCUGUAUUGAGUAUUACAACGAUCAGGAUGAAUGUUUGAAAGAAAUAAAGAGGAAGAAGCGGGAAGAAGAAGACAGAAAAACUCAGGAAAAGCAAACGUCUUUAUUGGAGAAGAAUAAAGGGAUUUUGGAAAAAAAGCUUCAAUUAAAGAAACAAGAACCAAGCGAGGAAUCGACUGAUGCAGAAACGUAUGUGCCUGGAUGUCAUAAGUGCUUCUUGGAAAGUUAUGCGUAUGCUAUUACAAAGGCGUAUAUUGAAGAGGCAAGUGCUUGUAAAUAUUGUGAGGUUAUUAGAGAUAUGGGAGAAUCUCCUAAAGUAAUGUAUAGACGGAAGUCUGCUCCGGGUUUGCUAAACAUAGAUAGUCCAGGAUCUGAUAUAGAUGAUAAUGGACUGUUGACGGUAUCUGGUGAACGAGGAAGGCGGAAGUCAGCUGGGCCUUUUAAAUUUCUAGUGCCUUCUCGAAGACCUAGCUUUGUACCAAAUAUGACGGUGACAGUGUCACCAGAGCGUCGUGACGGCCAACGUUGGGGCCCACCGCGACGGGUAACGUUGAAGAGGGGUCCUGGGGCCCCACUUGGGGUCAGCAUUGUUGGAGGAAAGGUUGACAUAAUAUCGGGGCGUGAUGAUGCAAAUGGAAAUGAUAAGGGCAUAUUCGGCAUCUUCAUCAAAAAUGUAGUCCCAGGAAGCCCAGCUGGAAAAUGUGGUGAAUUAAAAGCUGGUGAUAGAAUUUUAGAAGUGGAUGGAGUCUGUGUUAGGACAGCACAGCAUGAGCGAGCCGUGCAACUGAUAAAGGCAGCUGGCUCCACCGUCAUCCUGACUGUCCAGAGUUUGAUGACAUGGAAUACGUCUUCCUCGGACACUUCUCCGCCAGCAGUGGCACCCAGGCCGUCGAUGAAAAAACGGCCAGCGCCACCUGCACCGCAGCAACAUCACGAUAUCAAGAUAACAGUAACAUCGGAUUCGGAUACGCCAAAACAGAAUGGAGAAGUGACAAAAGAAUAUGAGGAAAACGAGAAAGAAACAGAGGAUAAACCGAAGACCGUUUAUUCGGACUCAGAAGAGAGUAGUGAUGAAGAAGACGCGAGAGAACUGCAAGGACGAACAUACUCUGAUAAAGGAGUUGAGAUUGAUCGUGCGUCAGCCGGUGCCAUAAAACGUAGCAAAGAUGAAAGAGAAGCAGAUAAAGAAGAAGAAGACGACUUCGGUUAUACGUCAAACAAAAUCAAAAAGAAGUAUGGACCGCUCGGCGAGAGUAUUAUCGUGUGCAAACUGGAGAAGUCUGCCAAACACGGCCUCGGCCUCAGUCUUGCCGGCCACAGGGACAGAAGUAAGAUGGCGGUGUUCAUCUGCGGGAUACACCCAGCUGGGUCUGCUGCUAAAUCUUCACCACCUGUUAAAGUUGGAGAUGAGAUCUUGGAGGUAAACGGCCUAGUUCUACAUGGAAGAUGUCACCUCAACGCUUCGGCUAUUAUAAAGGGACUCCUUGGACCUGUUUACAAAUUCAUCCUCUUGAGACGCAAAGCUGCUUUGGAAGAUGUAGCUGUAAAGCCACUUACGCAGUUCCCAACAGCACUCGAAGAAGAGCCGGACGAUCGGUUCGCAAACUACAAAGGAGUCCGGGACGUCACUAUAAAGAAGGGCCCAUCUGGAUUGGGCAUUAUGAUCAUAGAAGGCAGACACACAGAGGCAGGCCGCGGUAUAUUCAUUUCCGAUCUGCAAGAGGGCAGCGCAGCAGAACAAGCUGGUAUGAAUAUAGGUGACAUGAUCCUCGCUGUUAACAGGGAGUCUCUUCUCACCUGCAGUUAUGAUGCUGCCGCUGCAAAGCUAAAGCAGACAGAAGGUGUGGUCAUACUGACGGUAUGCAGUCCCAAUAUGAAGGAUCCUGAUGAGUCAGGCACUUCCGGUGUCAGCGGGAGUCAAACGCCGAACCAAGAUGGUCAAGCUCCGAAGCCGGCACCUUCUGCGGCCAAACCUGAGCCACCCGCUGACCCUGCAACAGCACAGCUAAGAGCCAAUCAAGAUACUGUGAUAGAAAUCAACUCUAACAACGAAGUGUUAGGCAUAUUGCUACUUGGAGGCAGCGACACUUUAAUUAACGGUGCAGCGGCUGUAGUACUAGACAUUUAUAAGAACGGGUGCAUCGCUAAAGACGGGAGAUUGCGACCCGGAGACCAGAUCAAGGACUGCAAUGGGAUCACCAUCACCAAAGAGAUGACACACGAGAGGAUUUGCCUUUCUAUUAAACAGAAGGCCCCCAAGUUAAAAAUGAACGUGUACCGACCAGAGCCCAUAGUGUACGAUGAGAUUGAUGUGGAAUUGACUAAAAAGGGGGGCAAAGCUCUAGGGCUGGCGUGUAUACAACCUGUCCAGGGUACGGGUGUCUACUUAGGCGAACUGCUUGCCGGCUCACCAGCGGAAGUUGACGGGCGUCUACAGCGCGGGGACUUCCUAGCAUCUGUGGACGGCAAGGAUAUGACGUCAGCAGACGCCACGACUGCCGCCACGGCGCUCAAACUGUGCUCCAACAAGGUUCCCAUCAAAGUGAAGAGAUUCAAAAUUAAGUGAACGAUCAGUGCUUAGUGCGGUUUGAUAAAAACGAUUUAGUAUUGCAUUCGAUAUUGCGUAAUGUUUUAGUGCGUUUUAAUGCAGUCAUUUGUUUCUUUGGCAAUUGUUUUAUUGUUGGGCUUCGUUGUCUCUGUACCUGAGAACUUUUAUAAUUGUGUUUUAUGUCAAAGUAACGUCACAAAAGCAAAUAGUUUAGAUGUCACUAUAUAGUGUAAAAUAAACGCAAACGAUGAUUAUAUUUGAACUAGUAAAGUCUAGUAUAAAACUGGGAUGCGUAGCUAAAGUCAUUUAGAGCUUAAUAACACUAUAGCUAUCAUUAUAUUAUAUUUGAUCCUUCUCUGUAGAUCUAGAGAAAAUAUAAAAGGUUUUUGUUUCCUAAAAUGUUUUAAAUACCUUUCAAAUUUAACCGGGUUGUAAAUAUCUUAAUUAUUUCUGCUACCUAACACUUGAACUAAAACUCAAAUUUGUAUGUUACGUUUGUGCAAGUUUAUAAAAGGGCAAAGUCCAAAAAAUGGGCACAUUAACAUUUCAUAGGUCUUGUAAAUAAGAAUUCAGGUUGAUGCAAAUUUUGCAGCAAAAUUGGAAAUUACCAGUUGGUAAUUUUUGCCCUAAUUAGCCGUUAAGCUCUACUUUACACAAAAAUUGUCUCCUCCAUAAUUAACAACCCAAAUAUAAUAAUUCUAUAAUUCAGUAUUUCUUAUAUUAAAUCGUAUAAGUAUGUAAAAAAAUAAAUUUAGUUUCAUAUUAAUCGUUUAAAUACAUGGGCCGAUAAAACCCUUAAUUAGUAGGAUGUAAAUUAUUUGUGCUAAGAAUCAAAAUGGUUAUUUCAAAAAUUCGUGUUCGUAUUUGAUGAUUUUGUAUUAGUUCAACAUGUCACAGUUGUGAAACACAUUUCUGAUUGUAUACAUAUACAAGCGGAUUCAACAUACGUUGUGUGACGUGUGUACGCGUCUUACAUACAUAAAUCGAAUAAUGUAAAUAAAUCUCGACUCUACUUAAAUACACAAAAAGUGUCAUCAAAAACUGUCCAGCCGUUUAGAAGUUUAAUUACGAACAUAUACAUAAGAUAUAUAUUAGAUUAGACUAGAUUCUGACUGCAACGCCAUCUGCCGGGCUGAUUUGUGCAAACGCCUGCCAAACAUUCAUUAAAAUCGGCUGUUUAAGAGCAGUUUGGUGACACACGUGCAGUAGAAUUAUAAUUAUAAAGAUUAUAUCAAUUGUUCGUUGAUUUCUAAAGAAAAUUAAGUCGGUUAAAACCUCAAAAACUUUUAUAAUUUUUUAUUAUUAGAAGUAACACGAUCUGAAAUUCAUAUUUACAUUUGGGUCAUCCAUCGAGAGUAAUUAUUUUAGGUCUAAUUGGGACAGGGUCAGUAAAAGGUUUUUGAAAUAACCACCUUUAGUUUAUUUGAAUAAUUUAGGCAACUUUAGGUACAAAUAAUUUUCCUUCAUAAAUAAAAUAUUAUUUGCACGGCAUAUAUUUUUAAUAUUAACUUGCCAAUGGAAUGGAAUUUGUUUUAAGGUCUAAAACCUUAUGCUAAUGCUAACAAUCUAGUCUGAAUUCUUAGUGGAUUCAUAAUAUCGGAUAGUAAUCAUUUCGAUUUAGCAAAUUAGUUAAAUUAUAAGCAAUGGGCAAUAUAGUUAAAAAUUAUUUACCACAUACAUUUCUAAGACUUAAAGAAUCAAAUUCAGUUCUAAAUAAUAAAAUAUUGACAUUUAAAAUUCAAUGUCAAAUGCGUAGUAUUCUAAAUCAUUGUAAAUUGUAAAAAUCUAAUUCUAAAUAGAAUAUUGCUUAAAUUUAUCGCCAAAAUUAGUUUAGGUAUUAGUAAAUAGUGCGGGGUAAAAGUUUCCUCAUAUAGAUGGCGUUGCGUUAAGUUGCUAAGGAGUCAUUUCCACGACUUAUUAUUUAUUAUUAUUAUAAACAUACUAGCCUCAAAUAUUGUUUAAUUAUAAUUAAUGUUUUCAACUUACCUACAGUGCCACAUAUUCUGUUCUUUUCUUAGCCGACAAGAGCGUCGCUGUCAUAGAUUGAGUAUAGUAUUGCCAGUACAUAAAAAAUACCAUUGUUUGGGGAUUAAUUUGACGUCAUGCAGCGUAACUUAAUACUUUAUUGAAAUGUCUUAAAAAUAAAACAAUGUGUCUAGUACACGUUGUUUUCUAGAAAUUACAGUUCUAGACUUAAAUAAACGUAACCCAAACUUAGGAAGAACUGAUUUGAUAAGUACCUGUACAAUUCAUAUAAUAUCUUCUAAAAUACUUAGCAAUCAGAACCAUUUCAUAAUUUAAACUGUGCUUUUUUAUUAAUUAAUGCAAGGAAUAAAAAUAAAUACAUUUUAGAUGUUGGUAGUAAGUUACAUUAUUUAUUGUACGCACCAAAAAAUGACAGAAAAUAAACAAUGCCAGUCUGACGUUUCAAAAUGGCGACGGUAGAAUCAAUCUGCCACUUGGCAAGAAUAAUAUGUGCCACUGUAUGUAUAGUAUGACCGUCAAUUUUUUUUUCUGAUAUAGAUAUAAUUAAAUACAAAGCAAGAGAUGCUAUAUCAAAUCUCCAGAAUUAAGAAACAAUGAAACAAUCUUAUAGAUGUCGGUUUUUGAUUCCAUGCAAUUUAUUUCAUUUUGUACGACGAAUUCUGUUCUAUUGAUGUUUGUUCGUUCUUUUAUUAGUGCCAAUUCAAAGGUAAUAGAUUUUCAAGUCGAAAUACUUUUGAACAGUACAGUACAGUUUCUGACACCGAUUUUAGAUAUUCGGCCAAUGAAUACUGUGAACUAGAAGAGAAUUUAUAUAUCAAUUGUAAACUAUUAUUUUUACCACUAUAUGUAUUAUUGCUCCUAUACUAUUAAGUUAGAACAUGCUUUGUAAGGUAUAAAAUGCCUUCAAAUAUCUGACCUGGCGGUACUUCUAUGUGGUAAAUAAUAAAAAUAAAGCCCUGCAUUCUUCGGGUCAGAUAGGUAGAUGGCAGUAUCGAUAAAAUAACGUAUAAAUAUUAAGAUCUUAUUAGUAUUAGUAGGUCUUCAAUUUUUCUAGUGAUUGUAAAAUAAUGUUGCGAUCGAUUACCAAUUAUUAUGUACCAAAUAAAAUGUAUGAAAUAGAUCAUAAUAUAUUGUGCGCUUUUUCAAAA